GUUGGAAAAAAGAACGACGAGCUGCCGAGCGAGAGCCGAGAGAUCAGAAAAUCAUUAAAGUUGGUACCGUGUGCAAUUCUUUCCCGAGUAAACGACGAAACGACCACCGACCCAUAAAAGCUGGAAAUUCCGCUGACGAGACGAUGCAACCUUCGAUGAUGAGCAGAUACGAAUCAAGGGCGUGAGAACCGACCCGCGAAACACCCUCAGCAGGGACCGUCCGCGCCAGCCACCUUCGCUUUUUGGUACAAAGAAGCACCUCAGCACGAUGGGCAAGUUCACGGGCAAAAAGUGCCGCCUCAUAUCCAUGUUCUGGCUGACCACGUUUAUUUUCCUGGUCGAAAUCGUGGUGGGCUAUGUGACCAACUCGAUGGCCCUGGUGGCCGACAGUUUCCACAUGCUGAGCGACGUCGCAGCCUUAGUGAUUGCCUUCCUUUCAGUAAAGAUGUCACCAAAGAAGUGGUCGAAAAAUACUUUCGGCUGGGCCAGAGCUGAAGUUCUCGGAGCCCUUGUAAAUGCAGUGUUUCUUGUUGCUUUGUGUUUUUCUAUCACCGUUGAAGCUUGUAAAAGGUUUAUUGAGUCUGAGGAAAUCCACGAUCCUCACUUGAUUUUAAUUGUUGGUAUCAUCGGACUGGUUGUCAAUGUGAUUGGAUUGUUUCUUUUUCAUGAACACGGCUCUGCACAUGGGCAUUCUCACGGCGUUGGCAAAACGCAUACGCAUUUAUCGCAGCUGGCUCCACUCGAGGAUAACGUGGACGACAGCAAGAUGCAGGUUUCUAACAGGCGCCACUCAUCUCACAUGCACAACAGCUCUGCACACAUGAACAUGAGAGGGGUUUUCCUGCACGUUCUUGCAGACGCUUUGGGCUCUGUCAUUGUAAUAAUAUCGGCCUCCGUCGUGGCCUUUACAAAGUGGGAGUACCGCUACUACAUGGACCCUGCCCUCAGUAUUGUGCUGGUCAUACUAAUCCUCAAUUCUGUCUGGCCACUUUUACAGGAAUCUGCCCUAAUUCUCCUCCAGACUGUUCCCACUCACAUCCAGGUUGACGCUAUUCAAAAGAGUUUAUUAGAAAAAGUAGAUGGAGUUUUAGCUGUUCACGAGUUCCACGUCUGGCAAUUAGCUGGGGAUAGGAUUAUUGCAUCGGCACAUAUCAAAUGCCAUAACUUGUCGGAAUAUAUGAAAAUUGCUGAAAAGGUUAAGGAAUUCUUCCACAACGAAGGAAUACAUUCAACUACCAUUCAGCCUGAAUUUACUGAGUACCCUGGUGACGCCCUGAUGGCUGCCUCCCAGACCGAGGCCUGUGAACUAGACUGCCCAAAGACUGACAAGCCUUGCGCUUUGUCGACAUGCUGUGGACCUUCGAAACAGGGACGAGACACUCCGUCUCCAGGUGACACCCCUUAUACUUGCCGCCAAAGAACUAGCGCAGCAUUAGGCAGUCUUGGUAAUUUGCAAAAAGAGUCUCAGCAAGUGAACGAAAUGGAGAGUGGACACCUGCUGGGUGCUGAGAGCAAAGAGUCGAGUGUGUAGAAUCUCGUCGGCUUAAA